CGUUUUCUCCCCUUCGCCCUCGAUCUUCGCACUCGGACCCGCGCGCGUCUCCCUCUCCCAACAUGCUGGAUUUGGCGCGGCGCGUCGUUGUGUGCGCGCUGCUCGGCUCCGUUUACGCGCCGUGCCCCCCGCGCUGCGAGUGCUCCGAGGCGGCUCACACCGUCAAGUGCGUCUCCAGGGACCUGCGCAGCGUCCCGACCGGGAUCCCCGGGUACACGCGGAACCUCUUCAUAACCGGGAACCAGAUCGGUCGCGUGGGUCCGGAGUCGUUCAGAGGGUUGGACAAUGUGACCAACUUGUCUCUGAGCAACAACAGAAUCUCCGAGGUGGAGUCCAACACCUUCGCCGGCCUCCGCGCCCUCCGCUCCCUGGACCUGAGCAACAACCAGCUGGCGCUCAUCCACCCCGAGGCCUUCAGCGCGCACAACCAGUCCCUGCGGGAGCUGAACCUGAGCCGGGCCCUCUACAACCACUCGUCGGUGACGGACCUGGCCACGUCUCUCCGCUGGAGCUCCCUGGGGAGCCUGACGGGACUGGACCUCUCUCACAACGGCCUCGUCUUCCUGCCCUCGCGCAUCUUCUCCCGCCUCGGGGGCCUGCGGCGCCUGCAGCUCUCCAACAACUCCCUCGUGGCCAUCCACAACUCCACCUUCUCGGGUCUGGAGCGCCUGGAGGAGCUCGACCUGACCCUCAACGCCCUCAAGACGGUGCCCGAGGAGGGUCUGCGUGAGCUGGACUCUCUGCGCGCCGCGGACCUCCUGCUGGGGCAGAACCCCUUCACGUGUUCCUGCGGGAUCGAACCCUUCGCCCUGUGGCUCAACCGGUCGCAGGGGCGCGUCGGCGACGCCGACGGCCUCGUGUGCGCCUUCCCCGCCGCCAUGAGGAACACGUCCAUGCUGGCCGUGGGCUCGCUGACCCUGGGGUGCCGCCAGUGGGGUGCCGGCGCCGACCUGGCUCUGCAGACCUCCUACGUCUUCCUGGGUCUGGUCCUGGGCUUCAUUGGGCUCGUCUUCCUCUUCGUGCUCUAUCUCAACCGCAAGGGCAUCAAGAAGCGCGUCAACGAAAUGCGGGAGGCCGGCCGGGAGCUGUGGGACGGGUACCACUACCGCUUCGAGGGCGACUCCGACCCGAGGUUAUCGCAGGUCUCCUCCAGCGCCGACGCCUGACCUCCGGGGGCACCUUCUCCCGACUCUUUUUCUAAGGCGUUCGUCAGUGGCAGGCGUGUAGAAAGUGUACGGAUUUUUGUCUGUGAAUGUGUACACGCACACUAGCGUUAGUGGUCUUCCAG